AUGAAGGCCGAGCUAGCCAGCGCAGCCUGCCAGGAGCUCGUCAAGCUCACAAGAGCAUGCUGGGCACGCAACGUCGAAAGCUCGGCCUGGCACCGGCUUGUCCUCGAGCUACUCGGUCAGAUACAACCUCGGCCAAAUGCAAAGCUUCAGCCAUGCAUCAUCUCACGUUGUCUGCUCAGCUGGGUGACCUCAUCCAGCCUGUUACCGAGCGCCAUCUUGAGCUAUGCGGCGUUUUGGCUUGCGCAGAGCAAAGCCAAUUUUGAUGUGCUCGUCAAAGAGCUAUGUGGUGUUGUCUCUUCUUGCGACCUCGAAAGCGAACAUUUGUACAACGUCUCGAGCCUCUGUCGACUCCUGCACGCUCAGAAGCUCUCAAAAGUGUCUGCAGACGCGAAUGCACUCAGUCAGCUCGUGAUCGCGACGCGGAACGACGAACAAGCAGUCUACCUUGCCACGCGCCUCAUUCCCUUCUCAGCUAGCCCGGACGCAGAAAGGGGUGCCAUGCGCGCCCUCCUCGCUCUCGAUGAUCGCAAGCUCGAAGGUCUGCAGACCGUCAUACGCGAGGUACCCGGCAUGACAGACACGGCCCCUCUGAAAGAAGAUGCGCCAAGCAUGCCUGUUGCUUUCGAUCCGACGGCUGGCCUCGAGACAAAGAGUGUCGAGCUUCUACUUGAGCUCGGCUCAUCGCCAGAUGCGCAGCUGACCAUUCAUGACAUGAUUGACAGCGCCGUCCAAGGCGCCACAAGCCAGCAAAUUGUGAGGUACUUGCGAAUUCGGACAGCCGUGGACGGCACAAGUUGUAGCGCAGCACUGGCUGAUAUCCUACUGGCCAUGGUGGAAGCUGUCAAUUUCUCUGUCACCGCAUCGUCCACCGAUCGGACAGUAGGAUCUACCCCGACGGUCGUACAACAAUCCUUUGCGCUAUAUGUCUUUGCGCCCCAUUACGCCCAAGCUGCGCAUCUUAUUGCAGGGGAAGAGAGCUCGUCAGCGAUAGCAGAAGCCCUGCAGAUCGUCCAGAGACGGUAUGACGGUGCUCGACCAUUAGAUCCGUUCAUUGGAGACUUGCUAUCACGUAUACAUUUGCACAGCAAUGAAGACAGCUCGACAGAGGCCAAUGCGUUCAGGGAAGCUCUGGCCGGGGCCAGCUACAGCAGCGAAGGUCUAGCAGAGCAAUUCGAUCGCCUUGUGCCUGGCGAGAGCUUGAGAGAUCAGAGAGCCUGCUGCCAGAUCUUGCUCGAUCAGGUCGCACAUGCAGAGGAAGAUGCAGGCUCAAUGUGUAUUUUGCUAGAAGCCCUACUCCUACACCCCCAUUGCCUCGCCAUCCUGUCGCUCCACAUGACGCCAGAUCGGUUGAUUCAGCCUGUCCUGACGCUCCUACGAUCGUUUCAGGCACCGGCAGAAGGCUAUCCGAACGAGCCAGAGAUCUUUGCCGCACUCGUGUCGCUAUUGCAAUGUCUGAUCGCUCGACUUCCAGCCCCGGCCACCGCUCUCGCAGGCGACUAUGCCAUUUCGAGCGAGGUGGUAUCGCCCAGCUCCUUAGACGCGGUCGAUCAAGAAGCGCUCAACGCCUGGAUUGCUGCCCUCUUCGGUAGUGAGGGUAUCUCUGACGAUCUGACGAAUACGACAAAGCCCACACGUCUGCUCGGUCUGGGCACCGUGAUCGUACAGCAGGCUCUGCUAGCAUACGAAAGGGGCAAGCUCUCUCUCGAGUCUGCUAAGAGCGGUCUAUCGUAUUUCUCACAACACCCACUCGUGCACCUUCUGCCCUCAGUCACACGAUUCCUGGUCGAAGAAAAGCAAAGACUGCUGCCGGGUUCGACUGUUCUCAUCGACACGGUGCUCGAGGAUAUCGUGGCGGCCAAUUUGCCUGUUCACGUGCGCAAGCUGGUCGAUGCAGAGCUCGUCGGGUUAUCUUCGACGUCGUUGACGGACCCGAUUGAGCUUCCGAUUCUCAAGGAGCUACUGCUUUCUGCGAUGACAUCUGCGAAUCCGAUAGCAUUUCCGGAUAUUUUGGCUUCCCUCGACAAGAUGCCGGUAGAGCAUGCCAAUCGCAUCAUUCUGCAUGCUUUCUACGACGGGCUCAGGCAUGACGAGAGCACUUCCUUCAUGCGUUUACAGACUGUCAAUCUUGCUCAAGCCUUACUCACCCGACGCACUGGUGAAAGUGCUCUGGCAGACUUGCUCGACGAGUGCUUUACGCCUACUCUCGUCUCGCUUCUGACCUGCACUGUCAUCAACAAGCGACGUCUGCACUUGGUCGUCACCCUCCUCGAUCAUCUGGUGAGAACGAUGGAGAUCGUUGAGCAGCUUCGGAGCGCAAGGACGAGCGACGCAGCAGUGCGGCUUCUUAGUCGAUUAGAUAAGCUAUCAGCGGAAGCUGUAGCGCCAGAGAUUAUGCCUGUCUUGAGGGAGAUCAAGUCACGACUGCAGUAA